AUGGCUUCUUUCCUAGUUUCAUGGUCCAUCACCUCCACCUCUUUGGCUAAGCAAUCGCAUUUUGCAAAGAGAAACCCUCGCCUUCGUGUAUCCUGUGAAAAAAAUCAGACAGAAAUUUCUCACGAAAAUUUUGAUAGGAGAAAUUUGCUUCUUGGCAUGGGAGGCCUUUAUGGUUCAUCUAAUCUCCUUUCUAUUUCACCUGCACUUGCAACUCCAAUAGAAGCUCCUGACUUCACCAAAUGCAGCAGGGGCACAAACUUGAGCACGGGGCAACCACUAGAUGUCAAUUGCUGCCCCCCAUUAUCAAGGGAAAUCAUUGAUUACAAGCUUCCCCCGGUGACAAGAAUGCGAUUCCGACCUGCUGCGCAUUUGGCCACGGCAGAGUACAUAGAGAAAUUUGAGACAGCUGUCGAGCUUAUGAAGGCUCUUCCGGAUGAUGAUCCGCGAAGUUUCAUGCAACAAGCCAAUGUUCAUUGUGCUUAUUGUAAUCUUACUCAUGAACAAGUUGGGGCCUCGGAUUUGAGGAUUCAAAUUCACAAUUGCUGGCUUUUCUUUCCAUGGCAUAGAUGGUACUUGUAUUUUUAUGAAAGAAUUUUGGGAAAAUUGAUUGAUGAUCCCACUUUUGGUUUGCCUUUUUGGAACUGGGACAAUCCUGAGGGUAUGUUUAUGCCUGCCAUGUUUGCAAAUUCUUAUUCACCAUUAUAUGAUGCGAGACGUAACGUGUAUCAUUUGCCACCAGCCAUUGCUGAUCUUUCCUAUUCUGGUAAGGACGCAAAACAUCCCUCAAAGAUAAUUCCACACAAUCUUACCCUUAUGUACCGUGAAAUGAUACGCCAUGCUCGUCACCUUGAGGAUUUCUACGGAGCAAAAUAUAGCACCGGGUCUAAGCCAAACCCCGGGCCAGGGACCGUGGAGCGUGGCUCCCACACAGCGAUUCACUCGUGGGUUGGCGAAGCCACACGCACUGGAGAGGAUAUGGGAAAUUUUUAUUCUUCGGCUCGAGAUACAUUGUUCUUUAGCCACCAUGCCAACAUCGAUCGACUUUGGACAGUAUGGCAGGAUUUCAGGGGCCCAAAAGCAAAGCAUUUCACGGACUCGGAUUGGUUAAAUACAACCUUUUUAUUCUACGAUGAAAAUGCACGACUUGUGCGGGUGAAAGUUGGAGACACUAUGGACCACAUAAAAAUGGGAUAUGAUUUCCAAAAGGUGGAUAUCCCAUGGCAAAAGAAGAAGCCUAGGGCACAUUGGAAAAAGUCCAAAGUAGCCUCCACCUCCGGUGCUCCAUCAGCUGACAGUAUUUUCCCCAUAAAACUAGACAAAGUUAUCAAGGUUUUGGUCCCUAGGCCUAAGAAAUCAAGGAGUAAGAGGGAUAAGGAAAAUGAGGAGGAAUUGCUGGUGAUCGAAGGGAUCGAUGUAGACACUGCAACAUUUGUGAAGUUUGAUGUGUUUGUUAACGAUGAAGAUGAUGAUCCCUAUGUGUUAGACAAGGCGGAGUAUGCCGGCAGCUACUCGCAGUUGCCACAUAAGAACUCUUCCAGGGUGAAGACUAAGAUUAGGUUGGGACUGACUGAGCUGUUGGAAGAUUUGGAUUGUGAAGAUGAUGAAUAUAUAUUGGUUACUUUGGUGCCAAAAGCUGGGGGAGAUGAUAUUACCAUUGGUGGUAUCAAGAUUAUUUAUGUUUCUUGA